CCCACCCCAAGACGGUGCUGUUUGUCGGGCAUGCCGGCCUGAUGGGAUCCUCUGAGGCCAUGUUCCUGGGCGUGCCACUCGUUUGCAUCCCCAUGUUUUCGGACCAGCCCUUCAACGCUGCCCUGUUCGAGUAUAAGGGCAUCUCGGUGACUCUGGACCACCGCCGUGACCUUAACAAGGACACGAUUCUGGCAGUGUUGCGCAAGAUCCUUGACACCGACAAGUACCGGUCUCGCUCGCGGGAGAUUGCUGCCCUGUUCUCGGAUCGGCCCAGAUCAGCGAUGGAUGAAGCCGUGUGGUGGACGGAGUACGUGGUGCGGCACAGAGGAGCGCGCCACCUUCGGCCGCUGGGCGCUGACCUGCCCCUCUACCAGUACCUGCUCCUCGACGUAGCCGCCGUGGUGCUCGCUGUCGGCAUCGUCACCCUGGUGCUGGCCUGGCUCUUGACGAGUGCUGCACUCAGGGCCCUGCAGGCUGCACUGCGGAGCCGUGGCAACAAGAGGAAAAAUGACUGAACAACACAAGGACAUAAGCUCUUAUGUCGGAUGCCCGACAACUCACCCCAGCUUACUCACCCACAUGGUAGAAAUCGAUUUGUUUUCGGGGUCCCAGCUACAAGUUUUUGCCAACUCGCCCCGAUCCACGAUGUUUUUAAAUUCUCGCCCCAUUUUCCCCUUACAUGAUGAGCGGGUUGGGAUCGCCAAAGAGACAUUGCGCAGGUAGCCAUGGGUGAAGCUGGCACGACGACUCAUCCAAAUACUACUAAAGUAAAUCAUUAUUUACCCUAGCCUCCUGCUCCUGCUUUUGGAAAGCCACCAAGCGGGCUUUUGCAUACGACCUAAUGUCUGUCUAUUUCUCUUGAACGGCUGAGGCUUUUCUAAACUAGACACAGAAAAUGUUUGUGGGACCGCUGGGUUGGGUGAUGAUAUGACACGUGGGUGGGAAAUAUGCCAGUACUUGAGUCCACGUUUACUCGAACGGUAUAAUGUAAAUGCUAAACAAUAAAAUACUUCUGAAGAAAGAUCUCCUGGACAAAGAAAACAAUCACAAUAAAGAAUGAAAGCAGGGUAUCGUAACCUAACAAAACAAUACGUUAUUUUUAGUGCUUUUGUGGUAACGUUCUUGAAACAACCGUAACCGUGAUUUUCUACAGUAACGUUUCGAAUUCCAGACCGAUGUUAUAGGGUACAACUCAAAACGAUACAAAAGCAGUAACAAAACAAAUAGUAACGAAAAUAGUUACUCGGGUUCUUUCGUUACAUUACAGCUAGACCGUUACUAAAUUAUUUAGAGCAGAAGAAACGUUACUGCAAAGUGUUACAUAGAAAACGGUACGUUUCCUUGUAACAGAAUUAAGUAAAUCUAAAUAUGGUACGCGUAAAUACAUUACAUGAAUUGUACCGUAAUUAGAAAAUAACGAUUGAUCACCCGUUGUAACGUUACUCGUGUUAAAGAUUUUUUAAAAGAGCGGAGAGCGAGGCGGAGAGCGACUCUGACAGUCAUCCAUAGGCCGGGGGUUCGACACCGGGCAGGCGAAAUGGAUUCAAGUUUAUCGAGGUUUAUUUAUUUCUUUGAGUUGCUCUGUUCUCGUCUCGAUUUGUCAUGGAUGUGGUCUGAGGAAGGCAUAAUCGAGUCUCAGGUGGGACUCAGCCGUAGUAAUGCACGGCGAGCGCGCCUGCUGACUGUCGAAUGGAUAUCAGCUGCAGGACACCUCGAUCAACACUCAAAACAACAUGGAAUAGGCCUGGAGAUUCUCUGCGCAGUCAGCCACGAUCCAGGCGAAGUCUAUAGUCCAUACUGCAUUCAGGGUAUUCGUUUUUCACGGGGGGGAUUAGAACGCGACUGCGGAGCUGGAGCUAAAGGUCAGGGCAUUUAAGCGAUGGUGGUUUUAUGAGUAACGUUACUGAACAAAACGUUACUGAUACAAAGCUGUAACGUUACAUGUCGUACCGAAAAUGAACGUUAGAAUUUCGUUACGUUUCCUCUCCUGAAAACGUUACAGUUACGGGAAAAUUCAUUGGGGGACCGGCAGCCACCAACUUCCUACAUUCUCUUGGUAACACUGUUAAAGUGGUAUGGCCCUUAAGCACAUUUCGGACACAACCCUUAUAAUGAAAUUUAAGUUUUCGUAUGUUUUGUUUUAAGAACUUGUAGACGACUAUAUGCUGAUCAUUUUGAUAUGGAACACCUAGGGUCGCAAAUUUUGUUUAGUCGGUGCACGAGUCCCUGAGAGUCAGGGUAGUCAUUUUGGUUAAGCAUUGGCCUUACGGGAACGUGUUAUACACGCUGCGCAUUUUAGUUCAUAUUUUUCUUAUUUAAUCAUAAAGACCAAUUUUCCUUGUGUGCUAUCGACGCAGAAUUGAAAGACGAAUCUGUUAAUAAGUUUUUCAACUGUUUCGCAUUACUCCUAACAAACCAGUCUUUAAAAACCCUAGGUUCGACAGGCCGGCCACGGGCUUCCAUAAGGCAACAUGGAGCGCAACCUUAACUUUAAAAGCAAACGAGAAACGAGUCCAUAAAGAGAACUUUUCGAGUGUUGAGUGCACGACGGCUCAAAGAAUAUUUUAGUGCAAAAUAUCGUAUGAUUCAUUACUUGACCUUAAGGGCUAUACACCCCUAACCCGCGCCUGACUGCGCCCCUCAGGACUGCCCAUUGUUGUGGGCAACCGCAACCACCCGUCCGCCCUAGUUCCUCACCGUUACGUAGCCUCGCACGUGACGGGCACUUGGUCCCCUUUCUGGAUAGGGCAGAAGCAGAAGGCAUUUUCGGAGAAGUGUGAAAACUGUGAUCUAAGCAACGGUAGAGAAAUAAAGUCUGAUAUUUUAAAUCAGGCGCAGUCCUUGAUGCAGGAGCGAUGUUUUCAAAACCCCAGCGAUCAAUGUAAGGACUAGCAUAAACGUAAGUUAUUCUGUCAUCUUCAAAGUGCAUCUAAAGGUUAGUGGCGACGCAUAUCUAUUUCAUUUGUCGGAAAACCAGACUCGAGCGCCAAUUCAAAUAUAUUUAAAGUGUUCCUGAUUAUACUCUAAAACCCCUGUCCAAUGGUAUAAGAGUGACUCAAAGCCGAUGAGCCACUUUGCGAAUCUUUUACAAAACUUUCUUCCCCUGAAACUGCCUAGUGAAGUAUGUAUAGUGUUUUAAUCAUGUAACAAGACUAUGUGAUAGUAAAAAUGUUGGACAUCAAUCUAGUAACAAGUAAUUGUUUCUAGCGUGAAUGAAUGGUUUAGUACUGCUAAGGAGAACAGCCUGUGUACUACUGCAAUGUGAGAUCUAUGAAGGAAAACUUGAAUGUGUUAUUAUGCACUCUGGGCAAUUAUCAAUAAAAUUGAUGUCAUGACAUUAUCUGAAUUCACUGUAAAGAAAGGUGAAAAGCAGUUCAAUGAUAUUAGCGCCUUUGAGAGAUUCGAGGGCACUAAGAUGGUGGACGGCAACUAGUGCCUUCAAAAUUACCAGUGCUGUCAUUGAGGGCAAAAUUAUUGCAGACCCCUAUACAAUCGUUGCAGGGUGAAGUGUCUAGUCUCUGUAAGUACAAGGAGAGGUACCCCUGAUAUACCAAGAUAUGUUAUGAUGUACGACAAUAAACGCAUUGGUGAUAUUA